UUCUUACUUCACACUAUCUAUUCUAAAUAAGUUCUCUGAAAGUAGAUAUUCGAAAUGUAGAUUGUUUCAGUGAUUAAGAGUGUUCCAUAUCUCUAUAGAUGUUUAAGUAACUGGACAGUUACAAAAGAUUUUCUUUUUUAUCCCAUUUGAAGUUGAGAUUUCGGGGAACGAAAAUGAUUCAACUGAAUUUAGCUUUCUUUGUUUUCGGAAUAUUAUGUUGUGUUACGCCUUCUCUUGAUUCUUGUAUAGAAGAGAAAAGACUAUCUGGAGAACUGUCUAGGGCUGAUACCGAAAAUAAUGAAGAAUGCAUAGAUAUACAUGUGCCACCAAAUCACUUUAUAAGAUUGAAUAUUGUAGAGCUUAAAUUUGACGCUUGGGAUUGCAAAUACAACAAGCUAGAAAUCACUAUUAAAGAUUCUGCCGAUAAUUAUACUUUCUGUCCGAGAGAAAAAAAUCAAAAUUCUAUCAUUGCUGUCAAUGACGUUCGUGUUUAUUUUUUCGCAGUAUAUAGAAAUACGAACUACAAACUGAUAUUCACUAUUAGAGGUAUUGAAUGCUUACGUAACUGCACUUUUCAAUGUUCUAACCAUUCUUGCAUCCAUAUGAAUGCAGUAUGUGAUGGAGUGAAAGAUUGUGAAAAUGGGGCUGAUGAAGUUGGAUGCGAUGCAGGUAUAUUAAACGUUGAUGGUGUCACGGAGGCGCGUACUAAGGAAAUAGCAUGGAUAAAAAGCAAAGGUUCUUCUUUUUGGGGAUGGCAUGAAAAUACUCCACGAGUUCUAUUUUCUCUCUUCUUAUCAGGAGGAGCCAAAUUUGACGGGACAAUCUGUGAAGACGAAUUAAUGGCGAAACAAACAGAGCUUACGACUUCCAUUUCUCUGCUCAAGAAUUCUCUUUCAGCAGAACAACUAAGCAUGUUUAUAAACAGCUUAUUGGUGACGUGUCACAAUCCUCGUCAGUUCUAUGGACAGAACCUGAUAAAGCGUUUAAAAGAGCAAGUGCAGUCUACAACAAACUUCACGCAUCCAAUCGCAUAUUUAACUCUCUGCAAUGCUAAAGAACCCUGGCCGCUUAAAGCAACUUCAGAUCUUAACAAAAUAUUAAGCACCGAUGCUGACUAUCCUUUUGUUAGAGAUUAUCAAGCAUUUGCUGUAAUGGCAGUUUCGUGUUAUGAGAACCAAACGAAAUUGCUGAAUCAAGUAGAAUAUAGCAGUUUAAGAACCAAUUAUGAAAACGUCAUUAAACUUUUCAAGGAGUCUCAACUUUCUGAUGGAAGUUUUGGAAAUCUACAUACAACUUCAUUAAUAACCCAGGCUUUAAUAUCAAGAGGUCAAGAAUAUGAAAAGGGCUGGAAAUUCUAUGCAACUGUUCAGUAUCUAUUAGAGCAAUUGUCUUCUCCUCACGAUGUUGUCUCUAGUUCCCUAACUCUUCCUGUUCUCAAUGCAAAAAGUAUAAGUGACAUCUCAAAGGUUGAUUGCACUUUGAAUCCUAGAAGAAAUGGAUAUGAUAGUGCAGAGAAUGAAAGAGCAUCAAUGCCUUGCCCGGGAUUCAAACCCAGAACGUUUCUGACACAGGACGGUCGGCGCAUGCCUAUAAUAUCUAACUAUAACCAAGCUUCUGAAACAAGCGACUAUACAGGUCCAAAAAUGCGUGUUCGGUAUUCACUUUACAUGGGAGACGAAAAUGAUGUGAUCAAUACUGUUUCCCUCAGAGUUCCAGAGAACUACACGGCUUAUGACGUGAUGAAAUUAGCUGAAACAAAAAAUCCAAAAUACACUUUUGCAUACAAAAAGAUUUCUGGUGUGAUGUAUGUGUAUCAAAUUGAUAAAACGAUUAAUGAUCCUGAAUUAGGCUAUUUCUGGAUGCUUUAUCUUGGCCAAGAAAUUACUAAUGCUACUCUUAACCACUACAAUUUGAGUCCAGAUCAACUUGUUAUGCAGGAUAAAGAGCAUCUCGUCAUGUGGUACAAGAAAGCUCAUUUCUGAAAGAAGAAAAUCUCAAUGAUUAAUUUUUACUUUAGCUUGUAAAAUUGUACUUAUAUUGAACUGUAGAAAAAUAUAUUAAAAAGUCGUUUUUGGUUGCA